AUGGCGCUGGCUAAGGCGGUCAGCGCGCGUACACUGAUUGGCUGCAUGUUCAUUGCUGACCUAUCUAAUAUCCGUCACGGAGGGAUAGACCCGGAGGAGGGCCGAUACGGGGAUAGGGUUGUUAUAUUGUAUCUUAGUGUAGCGACGGCAUCAGCAUCUUUAGGCAGCGUAAACGGCGAUAGCGGCUAA